CACCUUUCAAAAAUAUUCACCCAGAGGAAGAGAGGGGGAGAAGGGGUAAGCUACAUGCUGUAGCUGUCCAGUGUCCCUGAGGAGAAAGUACAUAAGACACCUCCCUCCCCUCAUAUUUAACACCCCGCUCAUGAAUUCUCAAGACUAAAUUCUACAUUCUGAGGGAGAGAGUAAGACUAAAGAGAGAGGGGGACUGUACUGUACAAUAACUGUCUGUAUGGUACAGACUCUAUAACACUGUCAUGGCUAGGGUCAGGCAUGCAGGAGUCUGCCUGCUGCUUCUGCUGAUCGUGGCACUGGUUAUCAGUGCUGACGCAGAAGCAGAGAUGCGAAGAAAGAAUCUCAGGAGACAGAAGAGAGAAUGGAUCCUGCCUCCUGCCAAAAUCUACGAGAAUACAGACUACACAAAAAGAGAGUACAUUGCCAAGAUCCGCUCUGAUAAGGACAAAGAGGUGAAGGUGGAGUAUUACCUGGCAGGGAAGGGGGCUGACAAACCCCCCUUUAACCUUUUUAUUGUCAACCCCGAGAACGGCUUUGUACGCAUCACUGGCAUCCUGGACCGGGAGAAAUGCCCCAUGUACAACUUGACUGGAGUGGCCAGGUACAGAAACGGUACCUUGGCGGAAGCAAAUAUUCCUCUGCAGAUUCAUGUCAUUGAUCUGAACGAUAACUCACCUUACUUUGAGCUCCACUCUGGGUCCAUCGCAGAGUCCAGCAAAGCAGGCACAGAAAUCAUGCAGAUCAUUGGGAAAGAUGAUGAUCAGGAGGGGAGCAUCAACUCUAAGAUCCAUUACAAGAUCCUCAGCCAGAAACCAGCAGGGUCCGGAGCCAUGUUCACCAUCGAUGAGAAUACAGGGAAACUCUCCGUAAAGGAUGCCACACUGGACAGAGAGACUCACGAUUCGUACACUAUAAUCGUCCAAGGGACAGAUAUGGGCGGGGCAGCUGGAGGCAACACGGGAACAGGAACUGUGGAAAUAAAGGUCCUGGACAUCAAUGACAACAUCCCCACACUGGAGAAGGGGCAGUAUGCAGGGAACGUUGACGAGAACAUUGCUGAUGUCAUUGUGAUGAGGAUCAAAACAGUGGACAGAGAUCUAGAACACACAGAUAACUGGCGGGCCGUCUUUCACAUCACCCAAGGCAACGAGGACGGACUCUUCUCCAUCGAGACGGACCAAGACACCAACGAAGGCAUUCUGAAGCUGAUCAAGGCAGUAGAUUUUGAGGAAGUCCAGAAAUUAGAACUUGGAAUAGUCAUUGAGAACGUAGCUCCUUUUGUUGUAGGGAGUGCUGAAGCGAUGGAUGUGGAUGUUUAUGCUGGGGGGGAAGGGCCGGGAGCUGGAACUGGAGCUGGGGCUGGAGCUGGAGCUGGGGCAGGGGCUGGAGCAGGGGCUGGUGUUGAAGUAGGAGUGGAUGUUGGGGGAGAUGUGGGGGUGAAUGCAGGGGUGGAUGUGAAUGUAGAUGCUGGAGCUGGGCCCGGGGUAGGUGUUGGGGCUGGGGUUAAACCAGGAGUUGGGCCUGGUGUUAAGCCUGAUCCCAAUGGGAAGCCGAAACCAAAGCCAAAGCCUAAAGGUGGGAAGAACUACCCGAUUUCGAUCGCAGUUAACAACAUGCCGGAAGGUCCAGCAUUUAAGCCCAGCACCAAACCUGUGCCUGUCUCUGAGGAUCCCAACAAAAUGCCGAAGGAUGGAGUGAUCGCCUCGUACCCUGCUGUGGACGGAGAUACAGGGGAGCCUGCUGAGAACGUCAGGUAUGCCAAAGCCUAUGACCCAGACAACUGGGUGACCAUUGAUGACAAGACAGCUGAGAUAAGACUUAUCAAGACGCCAGAUCGAGAGUCUAAGUUCUUGGUGAAUGGGACAUACUUUGCCAAGAUACUCGUCAUUACCCAAGAUAUGCCCUCUAAGACAGCCACGGGCACCAUAGCCAUCCAGGUCCAAGACUCCAAUGACCACUGCCCCAUGCUGACUACUACCUAUGAGAGCGUGUGCUCGGGCAAACAUGCGGUCAACGCCACCGCGUUCGACGAGGAUGUCUCGCCCAAUGGAGCUCCGUUCACCUUCACCGUGGUGGCUGAGGGGACACGUGGCAAAUGGGAAAUAGAACACAUCAAUGGCACGACGGCUGUCUUGAGAUCUACUGAGGCAUUAUGGCCGGGUGAGUAUGAGGUGAGGGUGGCGGUAGCAGACGAGCAGGGCCUGUCCUGCCCAGAGCCACAGGUGUUCAAGGUGGAGGUAUGUACCUGUUUGGAGGGGGAAGACUGUGGCUCCAGGACUAUCAGUUUACGCCAAAAGACCACCGGAGCCAUAAUUGGUACCCCUGCCAUCGGACUGCUCAUCUUAGCCAGCUGUGUUCUGCUACUGGUACCUCUGAUGCUGCUGUUCUGUCAGUGUAGAGGAGCCUUCGCUGACCAGUUCACUGACUUGCCAUUCGAUGCCAAGGAAUACCUCAUAUCCUACCACACUGAGGGAAAGGGAGAGGAUAAGAAGGUGCCCCUACUCAGUAUUCCUACAACCGUAACUGAUGGAAGGGCUGCACUAGGAACAGGAUCAAUUCGGCCAGCAAACAUCGCCACAAAAUCCUCACGUAAUACUACAAACAAUAUACGUCAGAGCAGUGGGGUCUCCAGUGAGGACAUGCACACACUGCGUCGGGAGCAGAGCCACAUGGGUAUGGAGAUGGACUACACCUAUGGACUCCAGAACGGUGGAGGCUUUGAGCCUAGUAUGGGGCUGGGAAGCAGCACCAUGCAUUCCAGAUACGCCACACACACCUCACAUGUCAAACAAGACAUCUAUGAGGACAUGGCACUCCCAUGUACUUUCCUGGAUGGCUACUACUCACAGAAAGUGACAUGUGCAUCUCAGAACCCUCCAUUGAAAGACAGUAAGUUGGUGUAUGACUACGAGGGCCAGGGCUCUCCUGUCGGAUCGGUGGGAUGCUGCAGCCUCCUGGAAUCUGACAACGACCUCCAGUUCCUCAAUGACCUGGGGCCAAAGUUCAAGACCCUGGCUGACAUCUGCUCUCCUCCAAAACCUCAACCCAAACCUCAACCCAAACCCAGAAUGGUGGAGCGCAUCUUCGAGCCAAAACACCCCGAAAUCAAAAGAGAGAGCAUCGUCACCGCCAGCAAUGUUAACAUCACCAAAUCUUCCAUUAGAAAUGUCAAUAUCAACCAAUCGUCUACCAGCACCAGCAGAGUCAAUAUCUCCCAAACACCUCCCACCAGUCCCCCUGCCACUGGGGUUAGUAACUUCUCUAACAGUCAGUCCGCCACUUUCCCACCGCCUCCUACGCAGACGAUUCUGCUGCAGCAACAGCCUAUGUACUACACCACCAUGCAGCCCGUGGUGCAGCCCCUGAUGCAACCCAUACAGUAUGUACUGGCUGAUGGCGGCUCUACCACCAACCUAAAGCGUAUGGUAGUGCUCAACGGGCCCCCUAUGUCUGGAAGCAUGGGAAGUCUGGGAGGCCUUGUCAUCCAAGGCAACAGGGUCAUAUCAGAGACCUCCACAAGCCCCAUCAGUCCCAGUACCCCAGGAAGCCCCACCAUGUUGGGGCUGGGUAGUCCCAGAAGCCCUGGGUGGAUCCAAGGCUCCCUACCCAGGGGUGGCCUGGGUGGUCUGUCUGUAGUGGGGCACAGCCCUGAUGGUAACUAUGUUUACAUGGAAAGGCAGGUUAAUGUAAGUGGAGAGCCACAGGUGGGGUCUGGGGUCCCAGGUGUACCUUCUCAGGGCAGUUUGCCCAGGGGUGCGUUCCUGGUGAAGGAGGCUGCUCCCCCUCAGGGGGUUUUAGGCCUGGCAGCCCAGGGUGUGGGUGGGGGUGGUGGAGGUGUGUAUGGCGUUAUGCCAGGACACACCUUUACAAGGGUGAGGCAGGUUGGGGGUGGGCCUAUUGGGGUUGGGCCGGCUGAAAUGGGGCCAGGGGGGAUAGGGCAGAUAGUUAUAGGAUCGCAGGGACUCCCAAUGUGGGUGCCACUGAGCCCCCCAGGGGGUAGCCGUGGACAGAUGGAGGGGGCAGCGCCAACAGGUGAUUCUCAACCAACUCCGGUUACUGUUGAAAUACCAGAGUCAUUUGAGUCAGUGGCAGAGAUUGAGAGGAAACUGGUGUUUGAGGGCCAUAGUGAACCAGGUGAGAAAAUAGAGGAGGAGGAAGAGGAGGAAGAGGAAGGGGAGGAGGUGGAAGAAGAGGAGGAGGAAGAAGAGGAAAAGCAGGAGGAAGAGAAUGAGGAGGAGGAGGAAGAGGAGCCUUUAGAACAGACAAAAGAAACAGCUGUGACUGAGGAAGAACCCGUAACUUUAGCUUUGGCCUCAGAGCCAUCAACAGAACAGGUAGAGCCAUCUGAGUCACUGGAACACAAAGUAACAUACCAAUCUAUUGAGUCAAGCCAUCCAACAGAUGAAGAUGCAUCAACUCAAUUAAAUGAAGUUUCUGGAGCUCUCAAUGAAGAAGGCCUAGUUGACUCUGAGGACCAGCUGUCCGAUGAGGAUGUGUCCAUGGUAGUCGAGGCCUCCUCAGAAGAAGCAUCCAUGUCCGAAUCAGACAUUAUAGAUUUAGUUGGUACAGAUCAGCCAACUGAGGAUGAAGACUCUAUAGAUCUAGUUGGUACAGAUCAGUCAGCCGAGGAAGAAGACAUUAUAGAUCUAGUUGGUACAGAUCAGCCAGUCAAGGAAGAAGACAUUAUAGAUCUAGUUGGUACAGAUCAGCCAGUAGAGGAAGAAGACAAUAUAGAUCUAGUUGGUACAGAUCAGCCAGCCAAGGAAGAAUACAUUAUAGAUCUAGUUGGUACAGAUCAGCCAGCCAAGGAAGAAGACAUUAUAGAUCUAGUUGAUACAGGUCCGCCAGUAGAGGAAGAAGACAAUAUAGAUCUAGUUGGUACAGAUCAGCCAGAAGAGGAAGAAGACAUUAUAGAUCUAGUUGGUACAGAUCAGCCAGAAGAGGAAGAAGACAUUAUCGAUCUAGUUGGUACAGAUCAGCGAACCGAGGAAGAAUCAACAGAACUGACUCUGGAAGAGGAAGUGGUUUCAGAAUCGCAGGAAUUUCAGCUAACGGUGGAUCCAGUCACUAACGGUCAACUAGAGAAGGGUAUUACUGAGACAGAAGAGAUGAUGGUAUCAGAUGCACAGCAAGAUCCGGUCACAGUUGAUGACAUCACUGAUAGCCAAGAGGAGGGUACAGCUGAGGAGGAAAUUAUGUCACAGCUUCAGUUAGAUGAGAAGGCACCUGAAGAAGUUUUCUUAAAAUCAGAAUUGCUCAUAGCGGCUUACAGUGCACUUGAUGGCCAAGAAGAAGAGGGUAGUCCUGAGGAGGAAUUGAUGUCAGAGUUGCGGCAGAAUCAGCCAAUAUCACAUAGCGACACUGAUGUCCAGGAGGAGGGAAGUCAGGGAGAUGAGGAGGCAGCGCUGAGUGCUCAGAUAGGAGAGGUGAAGGGAGAGAUGGAGGAAGAAGUGGAGGAAGAGAUGGAGGGAGAAGAGGAGGAAAAGGUGGAGAUGGAGGAAGAGCUAGAGGGAGAGCUGGAGUCUUCCCAGGCGACAGAGGAGGAGGUGGAGGGAGAGGUGGAGUCUUCCCAGGCGACAGAGGAGGAGGUGGAGGGAGAGGUGGAGGAAGAGAUGGAGGGAGGGGUGGAAGAGAUGGAGGGAGAGCUGGAGGGAGAGGUGGAGUCUUCCCAGGUGACAGAUACUUCUGUGGUACAGAGUGAAGCAUUUGAUGAGUCAGCACCAGAACAGGAGUACACAGAGGUAGAUCAGGACAUAGAGACAUCAGAAGAGACUGAAACACAAGACUCAGAGAACAUAGAGGACAUACCAAGCCAGUAUACUACAGGCCUGAUGCCAACGUCAGGUGAUGGAAUGAUAGACGAGGGCACUGUUGUUAGAGAGAGCCAAGUUUCUGUUGAUCAAGAUUUAUCUGGAGGCGCAGACUUAGUGACUGUGGAGGGUGAGGUGGAGUCUGUUGAACUAGUAGCAGAAGAAGCAGGUUUUUCAGCCCUAAAGGCUACAGGUGAUGUAGAGGAAUCUGAAGAGGAUGACGAGGUGGGAGAAAGUCUGGUCACCUCUCGCCAAAUGGCUGAAGUCAAAACACUAAGAGAAGAAGUAGACGAUAGUGAGAAUGUUGUAGGAGAGGAGAUGGAGUCUGCUGUUGAGACAGUUGAGGAAGUAGAGGCUAGUGCUGACCAACAGACAGAGUCCACAGUAGCUAAAGAAGAGAUUGAGUCCCCUAGCGAAGAAUUGGCCGAGGACCUAGAAUUGACCUCUUCAACACCAGAGGCUACAGGUGAGGUUGCUGUUGAGGCAGGUGAGGCUAUAAAUGCAGUGGCAGGUGCAGCAGUGGAUGAUACAGUAGUGGAGGCUGCGGGUGAGACAUCAGGUGAGGCCGCAGGGGCAGCUGGUGGGUCAGAACAGGCCCCAAAGCCAUUGGCUUCAUCUUUCCGUAGCAAAUUCAGGAUGGGCUCCAAUAAAGAUUCUACUCCCAAGAGUCCAAAGAGUCCCACAGCAAAGUGCAAACAACAGUGAGAGCUCUUUGCACUCAGCCAUAAUGCAGAGAAUAUUUUUGUAUAUAUCCGACUUUCUGUUUAUAGGUUUUUGUUCAUUGGUUUUGCUUCACAGGUUUAUGUUUGUCAGUCAUUGUUUUCUCAAUCAUAGAUGAUCUUUUAUGUAAAGCAGUAUGUUGGGUCUUUCAGCUUUUGUGGUUCUGGUCAAAAGUAGUGCACUGUGACGCAGCGGUCUAAGGCACUGCAUCUCAGUGCAAGAGGCAGUCCCUGGUUCGGUCCCUGGUUCGGUCCCUGGUUUGAAUCAAGGCUGAAUCACAUCCGGCUGUGAUUGGGAGUCCCAUAGGGCAGCACACAAUUGGCCCAGCGUCGUCUGGGUUUGGCCGAGGCAGGCCAUCAUUGUAAAUCUGAAUUUGUUCUUAACUGACAUGCCUAGUUAAAGGUUAAAUAAAACACAUAGGGUGACACUGUGGUCUGUGGUUCUCAUAGGUGUCAUAAAAUAUCAUAUCAGUUGUGAUUCCCCUUGGGGAAUUGAGAAAAUAACAAUUAAAACAAACACGCAGAAACCUGCAGAGCGACUUCACACAUUCACCACAAAACUCUCUAAGCACAAGUCAGGAAAACAGCACACCCAUCUAUUACCACAGACUGUCACGUUUUAUAUGCAAAUACUCUGAUCAACUCUUUUCCAUACCUUUUAACAUCACACCGUUUCUGUUCCUCCAUAGUUUCCCACUCCUGUUCUAAUAGCCCCUCUGAUGGUUAUGACAGGGCGUGGCAGGUUGAAGAAGCCAAAUGUAUUUAUUGUCAAUGUUCUGCAGAGUAGUGAACAGGCAAUUACUGCUUUAUGAACCAACCUUCAGAAUUUGGCAAAUGUGAAAUAUAGAUCAGUUUUUUUUCCUGUUUGUAGGUUUUUGUUAAUUGGUUUUGCAUCACAGCUUUAUGUUUGUCAGUCAUUGGUUUCUCAAUAAUGGUUGACCUUUUAUGUAAAGCAGUAUGUUUGGUCUUUCGGUUUUGUGGUAUGUGGUCUUAUUUCAGCCUUUACUACAAAGUCAAUGGGGUGUCAGCUUUUUUCAAACAGAAACUACUUAAACAUCAUUAUUGUAAAUCACAAGACAGAGUGGGGUAUGUUUAGAUAAGACUGUGUUUGUAUGGGGGAAAAUAAAUGUGAAAAAUAAUACUUGUAAUGUGCAAUUUAUCCUGCAUCAUCAUAUACUAUAUCACUGGGAAUCACUACACAGACACCAUUGUUUUUGUUAACAAUGAUGGUUUGAUGUUUGAAACUUCUGACGUUGAAUGUUGUUUCCUUUUUUUAACAAAUAUAAUAAAUGAAAUAAAUUGUCUGAACACAUUAAAUAAAGGUUU